AAACAUCACGCAUACGCAUAAGUAAGAAAAAAAAAAAAAACACCAAACCAAAAGCUAAAAAGCAAUUAAAAACGAAACAAAUUGUGCCGUAAGUCAAGUUGGGGGCACUCGCCCAACUACCACACACCGAACCCCACAAGCAACUGCAAGAAAAUAAAAAAUACAUUUAAAAAAAUAAGGAAAAUAAAAUAAAAACAACAACAGAAACAACAUACGCAUCGCAACAACAGGAAGGUCGUCAGAAACAGCGAUACAAAAGCCAAAGGAAACAACCCACAGAAACGUGACCACCUAGCCACAAGUAACCCGAGCCCAACGCAAUGUCCGACAACGCCAGCGAGAACAAUGGAGUCACAGCUCCGGGCGGCAGUCAUGUGCCGCCGCCACAAUACAUAAUUACCACGCCCAGCGAGGUCGAUGCCGACGAGGUGCGCUCCGUGGCAGAUCUGGAGCUCAGCUCGCCCAGCGACGACAACGUCUUUGUGACGGGCCUAACCGAGCUGCAACAGCAACAGCUGCUGCAACAGACAAAGCUCACACACACCCAAAAGUACAGCCAGACAUCGAGCAGCAGCAGCACCAGCAGCAAAUUGGCCACGCGCUCCUAUUCCGUGACCAGCAGCAGCAGCAGCACAGCCGCUGCCGCCGCCGCUGCCGUGGCACAGCAGCUGCAAAUGCAGCAGAUGCAGACGCAGACGCAGCACACCCAGCAGAAGAUCAUCUCGAGCAGCACGCGCAGCCAGAGCCUGCAGUCGAGCGCGAUUGUUGGCGAACAGAGCGGACACAUGCUGAGCACCGCGGCGGCCUUGGCCCAGCAGCUGAAGGCGCAGUCGUCGACCUCGAUCAUCACCAGCGAGCAACGCAGUGGCAGCAGCAGCAGCACCACACGUUACGUCAGCUCCACAGCACAGGGCGGCAGCACGGCGACGGGUGUGGGCAAGGCCAAGUUCCAGAGCUUUCUACAGCAGCCGGAGGCGCACGGCUUUCUAACCGCCCAUCAAAAGCAUGUGCGUCAGUUUGUGCGCUCGACCUCGGCACACUCGGAGGCGGCUGCCAGCAUGACACCGGUGAGCGGUGCUAGGCCGGAAAAGUGCAUACGGAGCGCCUCCACACAGAUCGAUGACGCUACGGCGGCCAGUGGAGAUGGUGUUGGCAUGGGUGAGGCGGGCAUGCAGCUGUCCAUGUCAAAGCUGGGACUGCAGCAGUCCUCCUCGAUACUCAUCUCCAAGUCGGCCGAAACCAUUGAGAUGAAGAGCAGCUCCUCCUCGGCGGGCAUGCGCACCCAGCUGACCCUCAGCGGUGGCUUUCUGGCGCCGCCCAAUCGCAAGAUCACCAUCUUAAGUCCGAUACACGCCCCACCGGGUCUUCAUGACAUGCUCAAGCGAGCCGGACGCUCGCCCUUGUCCCCACGCAUCAGUUUCCCGGGCAGCGAGGCGGAUCUCUUUGGCUUCGAUGUAGAAAAUGGCCAGGGCGCCCGAUCACCACUUGAGGGCGGUUCACCCAGCGCCGGUUUGGUUCUACAGAAUUUACCGCAACGUCGCGAAUCGUUUCUAUAUCGUUCCGAUUCGGACUUUGAGAUGUCACCAAAGUCAAUGUCAAGGAACUCAAGCAUUGCUAGCGAAAGGUUUAAAGACCAGGAGGCCUCUAUACUCAUUGACAGAUCCCAUGGCGAGGAUCUCAUUGUAACGCCGUUUGCCCAAAUUUUAGCCAGCUUACGUUCAGUGCGCAACAAUUUAUUAAGUCUGACAAAUGUACCAGCAUCAAACAAAUCCAGGCGGCCAGCUCAAUCAUCAUCCGGACGGGCCGGAAAUGCUGGCGGUGUCCAACUAGCACAGGGCGAUGAGGCCUACACACGCCUAGCCACCGAUACCAUUGAGGAGUUGGAUUGGUGUUUAGAUCAACUGGAUACCAUACAAACGCACCGCAGUGUCUCCGACAUGGCAUCGCUUAAGUUUAAACGCAUGCUCAACAAGGAGCUCUCACACUUCAGCGAGUCCAGCAGAUCGGGAAAUCAAAUUUCCGAAUAUAUAUGUUCAACAUUUUUGGACAAGCAACAAGAGUUCGAUUUACCCUCGCUGCGCGUCGAAGAAAACACAGAACACGUGACCGCGCCGAUAAGCCAGCCAUAUCGCAGUCGAUCGCCGCGCGGUCCGCCCAUGUCACAGAUCAGCGGUGUGAAACGGCCAUUGUCGCACACCAACAGCUUCACCGGGGAGCGUCUGCCCACGUUUGGUGUGGAGACGCCCAACGAGAACGAGCUGGGCACCCUGCUCGGCGAGCUAGAUAUGUGGGGCAUUGAGAUAUUCAAAAUUGGUGAGCUGAGCCUCAAUCGUCCGCUCACCUGUGUGGCAUACACCAUAUUUCAGAGUAGAGAAUUACUGACCAGUCUUAUGAUACCACCGAAAACUUUUCUUAACUUUAUGACUACUCUGGAGGACCACUAUGUCAAAGACAAUCCGUUUCACAAUUCGCUGCAUGCCGCUGACGUGACACAGAGCACAAAUGUGCUAUUGAAUACACCCGCAUUGGAAGGUGUAUUUACGCCCCUCGAGGUGGGCGGGGCGCUGUUCGCUGCUUGUAUACACGAUGUUGAUCAUCCUGGUUUAACCAAUCAAUUCUUGGUUAAUUCAAGUUCCGAACUAGCGUUAAUGUACAAUGACGAAUCUGUUUUGGAAAAUCAUCAUUUAGCUGUUGCCUUCAAGUUAUUGCAAAAUCAAGGAUGUGAUAUAUUCUGUAAUAUGCAAAAGAAACAACGCCAAACAUUGAGGAAAAUGGUUAUUGAUAUUGUGCUCUCCACGGACAUGUCCAAGCACAUGAGCCUGCUGGCCGAUCUGAAGACUAUGGUGGAGACCAAGAAAGUUGCGGGCUCUGGGGUGCUGCUGCUGGACAACUACACAGAUCGCAUACAGGUGCUUGAGAAUCUGGUGCACUGCGCUGAUCUGAGCAAUCCCACCAAGCCAUUGUCGCUAUAUAAGCGUUGGGUGGCACUGCUUAUGGAGGAGUUCUUUCUACAGGGCGACAAGGAGCGCGAAUCGGGCAUGGACAUCAGUCCGAUGUGCGAUCGCCACAAUGCGACCAUCGAGAAGUCCCAGGUGGGCUUCAUCGAUUACAUUGUGCAUCCGCUGUGGGAGACCUGGGCCGAUCUGGUCCAUCCAGAUGCACAGGAUAUACUUGAUACGCUUGAAGAGAACAGAGACUACUAUCAGAGCAUGAUACCGCCAUCGCCGCCACCAUCGGCGGCCGAUGAUAUGCCCCAGGAUGAGAAGAUACGCUUUCAGGUAACGCUGGAAGAGUCCGAUCAAGAGAAUUUAGCCGAGCUAGAGGAGUGCGACGAGAGCGAGAGCCGUGCAGACGCCGGCUCCACAACCACAACUGGUACAACGGCCACCAGCGCGGCGGGCAGCGGCUCAGCUGGCGGUGGCAAGCCGUCAGGGAGUCAAAAUCAAGCGCAACACGGUGGAAUGUGACGGAGAGUCGUGGGAAUUUACCGCAAAUUUACGGAAAAGGCGCAUAGCUUCUUCCUAAUACGUUAGUGACUAUAAUUAAAAGCAAAAACAAGAAAAACCAAUCAACCAAAAACUUCAGAAAAACUGAAAUCUACAAAAAAAAAAAAAAAAAAAAAAAAAAUCAAAGUUAUACAACAAAUGUUUAAAGCAUUAAACCAAACAGCAAUAGCAAAAAUACCGUUUAACUUAUAGUGAAGAAAAACGAAAAGGAAAACUAAAAAAUAUAAAACAAAAAACAAGAAGCAUAA